AUGGAGACCAGGGGCGCCCCGGAGGGGAUCAAUCCUGCUUGCACGUCUCCGCUGCCCACGCAGACCUUGUCUCACGUGUUAGACGAGUAUAUUGGCGACGAGACCGUUAACCGCCCCGGCCCACAGUCACCCUCGACUGAUGCAGCCGUGAGUGGCGUUCUCUUUGACUGGCUAGAUGCGAGCUCGAUGAAACCGUUCUUCGAACUUGGAGUGCCAUUCACCAACUCUUUCGAUCAAACCAGCGGGCAAUCCCAAACCCAACCCCAACUCCCUUUCUAUUUCGGUCCUGACAUUCUAUUCGGCCAAUUGUGGGACUCCCCCCCAACAGACGGCUCUUCCCAUGACUUCACAGCCGCGGCACCGCCCGUGGCCGAGGACGAUGAUUCAGCAAGAAACAGUCCGAGUGAGGAUGCAACGGUCACAGCGGCUGGCUACAUAAUGCAGCCGUCAUUAAGCCUGCCUCAUGCGCCAGGCAAUAUCAGCAAGACGAUAUCACAGCUACGGACUCGAUAUGAUCGAGAGUUCUGCUGUGUCAUGCCCCCGACCCAUGACUUCGAGGCCAACCCUUUUCGUUUCAACGCCGAGACAGGACGGGGUUCACAGCUUCUCCUUCACUGCAUCCUGGCCCUCUCAUACAAGCACAUUCUCCGUGACACCGGUGCCUGUUCUAACGAAGCGAAAAUUCACAAGAAAAAGGCUCUUCAGAUGCUGCGGGAGAUGGACAGUGGUUCGCCAGAGAGUGAUCCGCAGAGCUUCUGCCUCGACGCGAAUUUUCUCGAUGCGGUGUUGAUACUGAUGACUCUAGACGUGACAACGUCGGCUCAUGGGCCUUGGAUAUGGUACCUGAAGCGUGCGCUCAAGAUGAUCCAAGCGACCGAGUCUCUUCACGUCCAACAAACUCCACGAAUGCAAGCAAGGAUAGAAAUGCUUGUUUGGUGGGACGUCACCUUAGCACUGACGAGUCGACGGGGCUGCCUCGUGGCUACCAUGACCUGCGUGACAUUCGACAUGGAGCCAGUUCUUGCGGUGGAGAAGGGCAUCAGAGAAUGGUCAGAUCCGAAGCAUUACGAUAUACACCCCCAACACAUUCCUCGUGAUCUUCUAGGAGACGACGGAGACCCGGGGGCCUUGGAGCAUUUCAAGGAGGAUCUACACCACUGCGUCGAAGCCUGGCGAUAUGGGCUGCUCAUUUACAUCGAACGAGUCUUCAAGUGGAAGAUGGACGGAGCUGUGUCAUCGAUGCUCGGUUUCCUGGCACGCAAGACACUGAACCACGUUUCAUCCUGUCGGCGAACCACCAUGCUUCAAAAACAGCUCCUGCUUCCCGUCUUUCUAGCGGGCUGUGAAACCAAAGACGAGCACCUCAGGCAAGAGGCGCGCUCGUAUUACACUUGGUGGAAUGAGAAGACACGUUACGACAUGUUUCUCACAGCGACAGCCUUGCUCGAGGAGGUCUGGACAAACCAAGACCCCCAUUGCUGGUGGGGUUCAGUCAUCGACCAGAAGACCCAAUUCAGCACCAGUGGACGAACCGAGAGGCAGUAUCUUUUUGGUUAA